AUGAGACUUUGCAGAUCGGGUACAACAACUACCGCAUAUCGGAAAAGAAGAUGGUUACCAUUUCCAUGCUCCCACUACACCACAAACACCAUGGACACUACAAGAAUCAAAACAGGCUUCCACCCAAACACAUCACGCUCCAACUUCCAACUCAAAGAUCUUGUGGCCAAUGGCCAACUAGCCCAAGCACACCAACUGUUCGAUCAAAUGCGCCAUAGAAACACUCACUCAUUUUACACUCUGAUUUCUGCCUAUGUCAACUCAGGCAAUCUUGCUCGUGCAAGAGCCUUGUUUGAUGACAUGCCUGUUAGAACCGAGGUGUCAUGGACGAUAUUAAUUGGUGGCUAUUCAAAGCACAAUCAACCUGUGGGCGCCUUCAAGCUGUAUGCUGAAAUGUGCAGAUGGGGAACACCUCCCGACGAUGUGACCUUUACAACGCUCUUCUCUUGUUGCAACGAGACCCUGAUGACAAAAACAAUAACUCAAGUGCAUUCCCAUGUUAUCAAACUGGGGUUUAAUUACACCCUUAAGGUUUGCAACAGUUUACUUGAUGCUUACUGCAAAACUGACACCCUUGAGUUGGCUAAUCAAGUUUUCACAGAGAUGCUGACAAGGGAUUCCGUGACAUUCAAUGCAAUGAUUACCGGAUACUCAAAUAAAGGCUUGAACAACCAAGCGAUAAACCUCUUCAUAGAAAUGCAAAAUUCGGGUGUGAUCCCAUCUGAGUAUACUUUUGCAGCAGUUAUAUGUGCCACCAUGGGUCUAAACGAUGUUCCUUUAGGGCUUCAAUUUCAUACUCUUGUAAUCAAAUCCAACUUUAUUUGGAACAUAUUUGUGUCAAAUUCCUUUCUUGACUUCUACUCGAAACAUGAUUCUAUAGACAAUGCGAAACAACUGUUCGAUGAAAUGACUUUGUUGGAUUGUGUUUCUUACAAUGUGAUCAUCACUGGAUUUGCAUGGGCUGGAAGAUUGAAGGAAUCACUUAAUCUCUUCCAUGAAUUACAGUUGACUAGCUUUGACCGGAAACAGUUCCCUUUUGCAACAAUGCUAAGCCUAGCAGCAAAUGAAACUAAUCUCAAAAUGGGGAGACAAAUCCAUGCUCAGAUUUUAGUGACAGAGGCCAAUUCGGAUAUCCAAGUCAGCAAUGCAUUGGUCGACAUGUAUGCAAGAUGUAACAAAUUUGAAGAAGCUAACGUCAUCUUUUCAUCCCUCCUCAACAAAAACUCAGUUCCAUGGACUGCUAUAAUCUCAGCAUAUGUUCAGAAAGGAUUCUACAACGAAGCUCUUGAUAUUUUCAAACAGAUGCGUGAAUCCCAUGUCUAUGGCGACCAAGCAACUUUCGCAAGCACGUUAAGAGCUUCUUCAAACCUAACGUCUCUUUCACUAGGUAAACAAUUACACUCUUGUAUGAUCACAUCCGGUUGCAUCUCAAAUGUCUUCUGUGGUAGCUCUCUCCUUGACAUGUAUGCAAAAUGCGGACACAUAAAAGACGCAAUCCAAGUGUUCGACGAAAUGCCACUUAGAAAUAUAGUCUCAUGGAACACCAUGCUAACAGCCUACGCACAAAUCGGGGAUGGUGAAGCCACAAUACAAACCUUUAACAAGUUGGUCAACUCCGGGGUCAAACCCGAUUCGGUUAGCUUCCUCGAGGUUCUAACCGGUUGUAGUCAUAGUGGGCUUGUUGAUGAAGGUCUUUCUUAUUUCAAAUCCAUGACUCAAAUUGUUGUGAAAAGAGAACACUACGCAUCGAUAGUUGAUUUGUUGUGUAGAUGUGGACGAUUUCAUGAAGCCGAGAAAAUAAUGGACGAAAUGCCGUUUGACCCAGAUGAAAUCAUGUUGACUUCGGUGUUGAGAGCGUGUAGGAUUUACAAAAAUCAAGAUUUUGCUAAAAGGAUGGCGGAUGCUUUAUUCAACAUGGAGGUUUUAAGAGAUGCGGGUGCGUAUAUCACCAUGUCUAGUAUAUAUGCAGAAGCGGGUCAAUGGGAAGAUGUUAGCAAAGUGAAAAGGGAAAUGAAGAAUCGCGGGGUUAAGAAGUUACCCGCGUAUAGUUGGGUUGAAGUUAACCAUGAAGUUCAUGUUUUUAGUGCAAAUGACCGAAUUCACCCUCGAAUUGGUGAAAUUUGGGAGAAGAUUGAUGUUUUAGGGAGGAAGAUGGAAGAGGAAGGGUAUAAGGCGGAUACGAGUGUGAUUGUUCAAAAUGUGAAUGAGGAUGUUAAGUUGGAAUCUUUGAAGUAUCAUAGUGAGAGGCUUGCGAUUGCGUUUGCGCUUAUUAGUACACCCGAAGGGUCGCGUAUUGUGGUGAUGAAGAAUUUGAGAGCUUGUGUGGAUUGUCAUAGUGCAAUUAAGGUUAUUUCUAAAAUUGUUGGGAGGGAUAUUGUGGUGAGGGAUUCGAGUAGGUUUCAUCAUUUUAAAGAUGGAUGUUGCUCAUGUGGGGAUUAUUGGUGA